AUGGUGCUGAAGGACCAUCGCAGACAGGUGCUCAUGGUGCUGAAGGACCAUCGCAGACAGGUGCUCAUGGUGCUGAAGGACCAUCGCAGACAGGUGCUCAUGGUGCUGAAGGACCAUCGCAGACAGGUGCUCAUGGUGCUGAAGGACCACCGCAGACAGGUGCUCAUGGUGCUGAAGGACCAUCGCAGACAGGUGCUCAUGGUGCUGAAGGACCAUCGCAGACAGGUGCUCAUGGUGCUGAAGGACCAUCGCAGACAGGUGCUCAUGGUGCUGAAGGACCAUCGCAGACAGGUGCUCAUGGUGCUGAAGGACCAUCGCAGACAGGUGCUCAUGGUGCUGAAGGACCAUCGCAGACAGGUGCUCAUGGUGCUGAAGGACCAUCGCAGACAGGUGCUCAUGGUGCUGAAGGAUAACUCCGAAUUAAACCUGUCCUUUACUUUUAAAGUUGAUGGAUUCAGUUAUGUGAUUUUUGCUUCAUCUGAGAACAUGAAAUGUUUUGGCUGCGGCGCAGAGGGUCACCUGAUCAGAGGGUCACCUGAUCAGAGGGUCACCUGA